CUUCAGUUCCAACCUCAUCUUGAACUUACUCUUCCACCAACCCACACCGUUCGCAACGGCAGGAACGGCUUGCGAUUGUCGGCAUUGGAUCAAUGCCUUCACUUCAUAUGGCCACUGUCUUUGGGGAGCGUCCAUGAUACCAUAGUCUUACCAUGCUCAUGGUCGCUUUGGUUGGGCAGCCUUCUGCGCUGGCGCAGCAAUGGCAUGGUCAUGUUAGCUGCACAGGCAUGCUCUUGGUUAUUCUGCGAUGGCGAACCCCAUUGCUUGAGAGCAUGUCCUGGCUGUCUGAUAUGGCCGACGUUGGUUCGCACGGAUAGAUACAGACAAACUUGUUAUUGUCACCGUUGCUGUUCCGCUCCGUUUUCUCAGUCUCUACCCACUAGUCGUAUAGGAUCUGAAAAUGGUUUUGCGUCUAGUGGGAGAGUCGACAUGCCCAUCUGUUGAUGGCGCGAACGUUUCAUACGUUUUGUUGCAACGCAUCUUUUGAAGAGGUAAUAUUUGUGUUGUUCAUGACUCGACAACUCAAUGACCCCAGUAAAAUUGGAUGUGGUUGAGGAUCGACGGUGUGUCUGUCCUUGACAUUUACACUAGGGCUUCAAGAUAUCAGAAGCAGAGAUAGAACAAUGAAAACAAGAGUUGCCAAAUA